AGGUCUUAAGGAAUCUUGGUUAAGUGCUCCUUUAAGUCCGUGACAGACUCGUCCACACCCACACUUUCAUCUGAGCCACUGUUCUCAGUCCAAACACUUCUCCAUUUCUCAUCUGAAAAUGAGGAGCAUCUUUGCAAUUCUCUUUAUUUUGGGCUUGUUUAAGAAUGCAUUUUCUGAAGAAGGGUAUUGCUCUGCUCCUUCUGGACUCAGUACGGAAGCGAAAGCAAAGCCUCUUUAUUGGAAAGUCGACAAUCCCACUCUCUCUCCUGUUCACCUUAAAGAUUUACCUGGAUUCACACGCAGUGUUUACAAGACUACUCAUGCUUUGAUAUCACCAGAAAGUCAUGUAUAUGGCCCAUUGCCUGAUUGGAGCGACACAACUGGGGCAUAUUUAAUUUCACCAGAAAUGGGUUCACACUUUUUAAUGUACCUAGCUAAGUUGAAAGAUAAUUCAAGAUCAGGACUACCCCUGCCUGGUGUGGAGAGAUUUAUCUUUGUGCUCCAAGGAACCGUCACCGUCAGUAAUGCCACUGGUGUUAGCCAACUGCUUAAGGUGGAUUCAUAUGCUUAUUUUCCUCCAAAUUUUGAACAUUCAAUUGAAUCUGAUGCACUUGGUACUAUUGUGGUAUUUGAACGAAGAUAUUCUCCACUGGCAAAUCAUAUCCCAGAGCCAUUGGUUGGUUCAACUGAUAAGCAGCCACUCCUUGAAACUCCUGGCGAGAUUUUUGAGCUACGGAAGCUUAUUCCAACAUCUUUGGCAUAUGACUUCAAUAUCCAUAUAAUGGAUUUUCAACCUGGAGAAUUUCUUAAUGUGAAGGAGGUUCAUUAUAACCAGCACGGCUUGCUGCUAUUGGAAGGGCAAGGCAUUUAUCGUUUGGGUGAUAGCUGGUACCCAGUUCAGGCGGGUGAUGUCAUUUGGAUGGCACCAUUCAUCCCACAGUGGUAUGCUGCCCUAGGGAAAACAAGAACACGGUAUCUUAUAUACAAAGAUGCCAACAGAAGCCCGUUGUAAUUGUAAUUGUAAUUGUUGAUGGAGGUUAGACAAAUGAUAUGGAGGACAGUGACCCCCUUCUUAUGUACUGAUUUAAAUAAAGGACUUAAUGCAUUUGACUAUCUAUCAUGUGAACUUAUUCAACAAACACUACUUAAUCA